AUGGCUUUCCUUCUUGCUUUUCUCAUUGUGCCGAACUUCUCCACUACUGCAACAGUAUUAGUAUCAGCUAUGUCUUAUAAAGACGAGACAUCAUCCAUGAAAGAUCUAUGUUUAAGUACACUUAGAACAUGGAAAAGGGCACUAAUAACAGAAUUCUAUACCAAACUUCAUGCAAUGGCAUACCUGUUCUUGGGUGUGGCAUUGAUUAUUCCUUUAUUCAUGUCUACUUUUAGCCGUCGUCUUGCUAGUUAUUUCUGCUUUAUUUGCUGUUUAUAUUUGCCCGUGGCCUGGAACUUGGCUAUUGUGGUAUCUAUAGUCGACGAAGGUUGUGGAAUAGAGGCAUUGGGAAAAGCUACCUCAGUUAUUAAGGGCAAGGGCAAGAGAUUGCAUGGUUUAAUGCUAAACAUAUGCUUCAACCUGCUGGGUUUGAUUCUGUUCCUUGGCUACGGUAUGAUGUCAUUGAAUUGGACCAUUGAUGGAUGGUUAUGGUGUUAUUCUUUUCUUUGGGAAAUUUUUUUCCAAACGUGGCAUAUACGGUAUUAUACUUCCGAUGUAAGAAGAGCUAUGGUGAAGAAAUUGAAUUCUACAGGAUCAUAG